UCUUUCCAUUCCCCUUCCAAGCUGCAGGCUGCAGCCUCCAUGCCGCUCGCCCCGCGCCGACGCCGCCAAAACCCUCCCCAAAACCUCCGACAGACGCCGCCCACCUCCCAGGGAUGCCGCCCAGGCCGGCGAGGCGGGUGUUCCAGUACAUCUCCUCGCCCCGCAGGCCGCCGCCGUCCCCGCUGCCCGCGGCCCCCGCCGCCGGGGAGGCCACGGCCUCCGAGGCCGACGCCGACUCGGUCUACCACAUCGUGACGGCCGCGCCCACGCCGUCGGCCAUGGAGUCCGCGCUCUCCGCCUCCGCCGUCCCUCUCUCGCCGCCGCUCCUCGACCUCGUCCUCCGCCGCUUCCGCUUCGCCCACGGGGACCCGCUCCGCGCGCUCUCGCUCCUCUCGCUCGCCGCCGACCGCUGCGGCGUCGCGCCCUCCCCCUUCGCGCUCGACACGGCCCUCUACGUGCUCGGCCGCGCCCGCCGCUUCUCCCACAUGUGGGACCUCGUCCAGUCCAUCCACCGGCUCUGCCCCGACGCCAUCACCGCGCGCACCGCCAUGGUCGUCCUCGGCCGCGUCGCCAAGAUCUGCUCCGUCCGCGAGACCGUCGCCUCCUUCCGCCGCCUCUUGCGGCUCUUCCGCGGCCGCGAGGGCACCGAGUCGGCCGACCUCUUCAACGCGCUGCUCCGCACGCUCUGCCAGGAGAAGAGCAUGUCCGACGCGCGCAACGUCUACCACGCGCACAAGCACGAGUUCCAGGUGAACCGCCAUACCUUCAACAUCCUGCUCUCCGGGUGGAAGUCCUCCGAGGAUGCCGAUGCGUUCUUCGCAGAGAUGCGAGAGCACGGGAUUGAUCCUGACUUGGUCACCUACAACUCUUUGAUUGAUUGCCACUGCAAGAACCAUGGCGUGGAGAAGGCCUAUAAGCUGCUCGAUGAAAUGCGUGGGAAUGAAAUUGCUCCCGAUGUGAUCACCUAUACGAGUUUGAUUGGCGGAUUGGGACUGGUUGGCCAGCCUGACAAGGCUAGAGACCUGCUGAAGGAGAUGCGUGAGCUUGGAUGUCACCCGGAUGUGGCGGCGUACAAUGCCACAAUACGGAACUUUGUUAUAGCAAAGAGGCUUGGUGAUGCGUUUGCGUUGAUGGACGAAAUGGCCUCAAGGGGACUGAUGCCGAAUGCCACGACAUAUAACCUUUUCUUCCGGUUCUACUACUGGGCGUACGAUAUUGGUAGCACGUGGCUGUUGUAUGAGCGGAUGCGGUCUGAAAGAUGCUUCCCCAACACGCAAUCUUGCAUGUUUAUUAUCAGGUUAUGUCAUCGGCAUGGUAAGGUGGCAGAAGCACUAGAGCUGUGGGGCGAUAUGGUCGAGAACGGGUUUGGAUCAUUCACCUUGGUGUCAGAUGUUUUGUUUGACCUGUUAUGUGAUGAGGGAAAGCUGGAGGAGGCUGAGAGGUGCUUCCAUCAAAUUACUGAUUUGGGGCAGAAACCCAGCAGCAUUUCAUUUAGAAGAAUCAAGAUACUAAUGCAGCUUGCCAACCGGGAAGAAUCUAUUGCCGGGUUAACUGAGAAAAUGGCUCGGUUUGGCCGGCUGCUGCCUGAGGAUUGCCAAAGAGUUCGUCCCCCUGCUGAAACCACACCCGAUGGAGAUGAUACUGAAAUAAUAAUAGCAACUUAGCAUGUUAUUCAUACGACAGGGAGCAUCAUUUGAUGACCACAAAUUUGGUUGACCAGGAAAUUGUUGAAUUGGUUCUGAAGAGUUCAUUGUACUAUUAUUAUCCUGUGGAGGUAUGAACAAUUCGGGAUGUUAUUGAGAGACAAUCGAUGUAUAUUGUCAGAUUAUUGUCAUUAUUAAUACUUCCCCUGUUCCUAAAUAUAAGUCUUUUUUAGAGAUUCCACUAUGGACUACAUACGGAGCAAAAUGAGUGAAUCUACACCCUAAAAUGUGUCUAUAUACAUCCGAAUGUAGUUUGUAUUGAAAUCCCUAGAAAGACUUAUAUUUAGAAACGGAGGGAAUAUAUAACUUUCCUGAAAAAAUUCAUACAGUGGGGGACGUCUAACCUGCCUGUUGGACCAUAUGGUAUUACACCACUGUCCAAUCUCUCAUAUGAAAUUGAAACUGCAUAUGGUAUACCAACGUCAUAGAACCUCAUUAUGAUGAACGUAGAAUUGGAAGUUUGGAACUACUCCCUCAAUUCCGAUUAUUUGAUGUGUUACCAAAUUUUGCAAAGACCAAGGAAAUCCUGCGAUUAGGAGAUUUGGAGGAUGCCGGCCAAAUUUGUGGUCCCGCUCUGCUGGGAGUCUCAUUGUAUAAAAUGUUUUUUUUACAAUUAAUUCAAGCUCUGUCUUUGUCUGAAAUAAAAGUGUGAAGUUACAGGGAAGGAAAGCAAACACGUAUAUUGUCUCUCGAUUUAUCGCAUGAAGGUAAUGUGCAAGUGCUCAUGAAUCUGUUCUGCAACAGAAGAUGUGGCCUUUUUAUUUUAUUUUUGUGAAUGACCUGAAAAUGGAAGUAUUAACUUGCUGAUGUGAAUAGCCAGUAGCGCACUUAGGGACUGAAUGAAUGUGCAUCGCUAUACAUGGUUAGCUUGGCUAUUGGGGCAAACGUCAGGCCUGGGUGCUUUUCCCAAUUUUUUUGAUGGAUUUUCCCAAGACUAACAUGCAGAUCACUGGAUUUGCAGCUGCACUCUUUGGAAAACUAGAAAUAAGGCGUGUUUUGUGGAAAAUGGAUUUGUUCCCCUGCUAGUUUGUUGUGUUCCUUAAUGCAGGGCAGAUCUGCAUCCUCCGGUGGAUAAGCAAGCACUGCUUUAAGGCACUGAGAUUUUCCGGGCGCAUGCCUUUGGGAGGCAUACGAAGUGCAGGAAAUAGGUCAGACUCUUGUGCCUGUUCUUUAGUAGCUAGCGCCUCCCCCCUUGGGUUCUCCUGCACCCCCUAUUCUCUUGCUUUAGGGCCUGUUUGGAUCAGUGCCAAAACCUGCCCAACUAAUUUAUGCUUUGUGCUGUCUGAACCUUGCUACAUUACUGAAUUUCAAUAGUGGAACCUAGCUGUAUGUUUGCGAACGAAUUACUGAAUUUCAAUAGUGGAACCUAGCUGUAUGUUUGCGAACGAAUGAAAAUAGGAAAGACUAACUAAAGGGCCUAGAAAUCCCAUGGCAGCUCGCUGUUGUGAUCCAUAGAGAUUGAGCGAGCUGGGGAUGAAACUAAUACAUCGUCUCGUACGGACGCCUUCUUGAGACAGAAAUUGUGUUCGGCCAUGUUUUCCUCGGAUCUUGUGCGCAAGAGAACGAGAUAUAAUAAACACCGAGGCCUCAUUCGGUUCGGAGGAUUUUCAUAGAAAAAACAUAGGGGCAAGGAUUCUAGAGAAAAUUUUCUAUAGAUGCAUUCAGUUUGUAGGAAAUGUGUACUGAAAUUUCGUAGGAAUACUAAUCAUCUCCUGUGUUUUUUGGGAAACUGUACAUCCAUUCAAAGGAUUUUUAUAGGAUUUUGGAUGAUUGAAAUCCUGUAGAAAACAUUGGUCCUUUGAUUCAUAGGAUUAGUUGUACUACAUUUCUCAUAGAAAAUCUAACAUCUACUCCAACCUAUUUUUACAAUUCUUUUGUUUUUCCCGUGGCAUCAAAUACU